AUGUCUACCGCUCCCUCGUACCACUCGUCGUCGAACAGCACCUCGGCAUCGCCUCCGGAGAGCCCCAGCCUACAGACCCCAGGCCAGCUUUCGCCGAGAUUUCCAUCCAUGACGGACAUUGGAGCUGGCCCGUUGGGGCACAAGAGCUCCAACUCUAUCGGGCUCAGCUUCUCCCGUAACGACAAUGUCCCCUCGACCGUCGAUCUGUCGGACGACAUCCCCAUCCGUCAGGCCUUGUCUCCUCGCCUGAACGGAUCGGUAGCGUACACCAGUUCUGCCGAGGCCUCCAACGCCGUCCAUCCCCGGGGACACUUGCCACGACUCCAGACGGAAAGGGGCCUACUCCCCGGGAGGCCUCUAACGCCCCCGUCGGAACCUUCCACCCCUCGCGAGAGGAGAGACUCGCCGGCGUACAGCGACUCGCCGUACACUGACGCUUUUCCGCUCUCGGAUGCUAACAGCGUCCGCGCCUAUGCGUCACAGGACGAGGCCAAUGGCCAGGCGGGCUUCAUCGGUUCGACGCCGUACUGGCUCGGCAUGUACUUCUUCUUCAAUCUGGGACUCACCCUGUUCAACAAGGUGGUAUUAGUCUCCUUCCCUUUCGCUUACACUUUAACUGGGUUACACGCGCUUUCUGGCUGUGCCGGCUGCUACAUUGCUUUAGAGCGGGGUGCCUUUACUCCUGCACGGUUGACCCAGAGGGAAAACAUCAUCCUCGGCGCAUUCUCCGUGUUGUACACGAUCAACAUUGCUGUCAGCAACAUUUCGUUGCAGCUAGUCACUGUGCCCUUCCACCAAGUGGUUCGUGCUGCGACGCCGCUGUUUACGAUUUUCAUCACUGCUGUUCUUCUGCGCCAAAAGAUCAGCGCCAUGAAGAUUGUCAGCUUGCUGCCAGUUGUUGCCGGCGUCGGGUUCGCAACCUACGGUGACUACUACUUCACGACAUGGGGCUUGAUCCUUACCCUUCUGGGCACGUUCCUUGCUGCGCUCAAGACCGUGGUAACGAACCUCAUUCAGACGGGCGCAGGCGGCCGCCUCAAACUCCACCCCCUUGACCUUCUUAUGCGCAUGUCGCCACUUGCUUUCGUCCAAUGCGUCUUCUACAGCUGGUACACUGGCGAGCUGGAGCGCGUGCGCCGGUAUGGGGCGACGCAGAUGACACGCACAAAGGCCAUCGCCCUCUUGAUCAAUGGCAUGAUCGCUUGCGGCCUCAACAUUGUCUCCUUCACCGCAAACAAGAAGGCUGGUGCUCUCACCAUGACCGUCUCGGCAAACUGUAAGCAGGUCCUUACAAUUGCGCUUGCGGUCGUCCUCUUCAAUCUCCACAUUACCAUCACGAACGGUAUCGGCAUCUGCCUCACCCUCUGUGGCGGCGCGUGGUACGCGUUCGUCGAGUACAAGGAGAAACAGAAGCGGCAGAAGACGACCAACAAGCUCUCACAGAAGUCUUGA